CGGCAGCGUACCGAGGGGGGGGGUGGAAACACUCUCACACACACACACACACACAUACACACGCGAACGAACACACACAGGCCCCUUCAGCGAUAUGAGAAGGAAGACCAACGUAUUCCUCCGAAACAAAGCACAGCCGAGCCGUCGGGGAGCGGCAUCGCUGCGGAAUGCUGGGAACGAAGCAGAAAUCCUCUGCAAAACACAGUUUUAACAUUUUAAGAACGGGGGAUGUUGCCGGAGCAGAAAAAAAGGAAUGUCAGUGUGGAAGAAAAAGAUCUGGGGAUUUUUGUUAAAAACCUUCCUUCCAUCGCACUGCGAACAUUAGGAGGGGCACUCGGAGCUUUGUAAAGCACUGCAGACUUUGUCAUUGAUGCAUUUCUGGCUGUUGCCUUGUAGAUGACCGAUGAUCGAGUGGAGGGACGAGUUCGCGUUGCUCUUUGUCCCGAGGAUGAAUUGCCCGUGGCUCCGUGGGAGAGGCUGAUUUCCACGCGAAAGCAGCACGUUCUGUUGCCAGCGCGCUCGUUACGUCACCGUCAGAAGCAGCCGGCCGCCGAGGAAGGCGUCACAGCCGCGGACCCUCGUCCGGCUUCCCGGUGCAUCGACUCCACAUCUCAUCAUCGGAUUAAUAACAUGAGGAGACGCGCGGUUACACUUCUCCGGGAAAAAGAUGGAUCAUUCACGCGGUUAGGGCCAUGGUUCGUUUCAUAUUAGUCCACCACGGACCGCUCCCGAGAUUCUACUUUUUAAAAUAAAAGAGUAGCGUGCAGCAGUCCUGCUUUAGCCUGGACGCAUUUGAUUUUUUUUGCUUGUUUGUUCUUGCUAUUUUUCCUGUUGAUUUUUUAAAAAGACAAAACAAAACGCCGGGUUUGUGUGUGAGAUGAUGUCGGGCGAGGUGCGUCUGAAGAAGCUCGAGAAGCUGCUGCUGGACGGACCGGCUCAGUCCAACGGGCAGUGCUUCAGCGUGGAGACGCUGCUCGACGUGCUCGUGUGUCUCCACGACGAGUGCAACAGCUCGCCGCUGCGCAGGGAGAAGAAUGUGCUCGAGUUCCUCGAAUGGGCCAAGCCCUUCACGUCCAAAGUGAAGCAGAUGCGCCUUCAUAAGGAAGAUUUUGAGAUCCUGAAGGUCAUUGGCAGAGGAGCAUUUGGAGAGGUGGCUGUGGUGAAGGUGAAGAAUACAGACAAGGUCUUUGCCAUGAAGAUCCUCAACAAAUGGGAGAUGCUGAAACGGGCUGAGACGGCAUGUUUUCGGGAGGAACGGGAUGUGCUGGUGAACGGGGACAGCCAGUGGAUCACUACUUUGCACUAUGCCUUUCAGGAUGAGAACUACCUGUACCUGGUGAUGGAUUACUAUGUUGGAGGGGACCUGCUUACACUGCUGAGCAAGUUUGAGGACCGCCUUCCGGAGGACAUGGCCCGCUUCUAUCUGGCUGAGAUGGUGCUGGCCAUCGACUCAGUGCAUCAGUUGCACUACGUCCACCGGGACAUCAAGCCGGACAACAUCCUCAUGGACAUGAAUGGACACAUCAGACUCGCUGACUUUGGCUCCUGCCUAAGACUCAUGGAGGACGGAACGGUUCAGUCCUCUGUGGCAGUGGGCACACCAGACUACAUUUCCCCUGAGAUCCUCCAGGCCAUGGAGGACGGGAAAGGAAAGUAUGGUCCGGAGUGUGACUGGUGGUCGCUAGGUGUCUGCAUGUACGAGAUGUUGUAUGGCGAGACUCCUUUCUACGCAGAGUCCUUGGUGGAGACCUAUGGCAAGAUCAUGAACCACAAGGAACGCUUUCAGUUCCCUUCCCAUGUGACCGACGUCUCAGAGAACGCGAAAGACCUGAUCCGCCGCCUGAUCUGCUCUCGGGAGCAUCGGCUCGGUCAGAGUGGUAUCGAGGACUUCAAGCAACAUCCUUUCUUUGUGGGCAUCGACUGGGACAACAUCCGCAGUUGUGAAGCACCCUACAUCCCUGAAGUCAGCAGCCCCACAGACACGUCCAACUUUGAUGUGGAUGACGACUGCCUUAAGAACUCUGAAACCAUGCCACCUCCCUCUCACACUGCCUUCUCUGGACACCACUUACCCUUUGUGGGAUUCACCUACACAAGCAGUUGCACAUUAUCGGAUCGAGGCUGUUUGCGCGAGUCAGCAGGGCCUGCUCAGAUGGAUGUGCGGCUACAGCGAAGCCUGGAAGAGAGUCUAGCGACGGAGGCAUACGAGCGCCGAAUACGGCGGCUGGAACAAGAAAAGUUGGAACUAAGUCGAAAGCUGCAAGAGUCCACACAGACCGUGCAGGCGCUCCAGUACCCCAGUACAGACGGACCUGUUCCAGCCAGUAAAGAGGUGGAAGUUCGAAGCCUUAAGGAGGAAAUUGAGAAGCUAAAGAAGCAGAUAGCAGAGUCUGGUCAGCUGGAGCAGCAGCUGGAGCAAGCCAGCAUCGCACAAAGGGACCUGGAGGACUCCUCCAAGCUCGUCAAGUCUCUGGAGAAGCAAUUGAAAAGCACGAAGCAGGAGAAAGAUGACAUGCAGAAGGAGGUGCUGGAGGCCAAUGAGAAACUCAAGGCCCAGACUAAGGAGCUGAAGGAGGCACAGAGCCAGAAGAAAGCGGCCAUGCAGGAGUUUUCUGAGAUGAACCAGCGUGUGACGGAGCUGCGCUCGCACAAGCAACGCCUCACCCGUCAACUUCGUGACAAAGAGGAGGAGAUGGAAGGGGUCUCGCAGAAAGUUGAGGCACUACGCUUGGAGGUGCGCAAGGUGGAGAGAGCGAAGAAGGAGCUGGAGGUACAGGCAGAAGAACGUGCAGCAGAGGCGCAGAAGGAGCGGAAGUUGAGGGAGCGUAGUGAACAAUAUAGCAGGCAGCUCGAGGAUGAGUUGGAGGGACUCAAGCAGAAGCAGGCAGGUCGUUCACUGGGCAUGGGGACUUCUGAGCAGCACCAGGAGCUAAGCAAGCUGAGGGCAGAGCUGGAGAAGAAGGCGGUGUUCUAUGAAGAGGAACUGUCACGGAGGGAGCUGCUGCAUGCCGGCGAGCUCAAAGGACUAAGGAAGGAGUUGCGUGAUGCUGAGGCCCAGCAACUGGCGCUCCGCAAGGAGAUCCUGGUGCUCAAGGACAAGCUGGAGAAGACACGCCGUGAGAGUCAGAGCGAGCGGGAGGAGUUUGAAACGGAAUACAAGCAGAAAUAUGAAAGGGAGAAGAUCCUGCUGUCAGAGGAAAACAGGAAGCUCUCCUGUGAGCUGGAGAAGGUGACAUCUAUGUUUGAAAAGCUGAGCAGCACCAACAAGCAGCUGGAGGAGGAGAUGAGGGACCUGGCAGACAAAAAGGAGAGUGUAGCUCAUUGGGAGGCCCAGAUCACAGAGAUCAUCCAGUGGGUGAGUGAUGAGAAGGACGCCCGUGGCUACCUGCAGGCCCUGGCCACCAAGAUGACUGAGGAGCUGGAGGGUCUUAGGAGCUCAAGCCUGGGUGCACGCCCCACGGACAUGCCCUGGAAGAUGCGGCGCUUCGCCAAGCUGGACAUGUCUGCCCGGUUGGAGCUGCAGUCUGCAUUGGAUGCUGAGAUCCGUGCCAAGCAGGCCAUCCAGGAUGAGCUCAACAAGGUCAAGGCUUCCAGCAUCUCCACAGAAUGUAAACUGCAGGAGUCUGAGAGCAAGAACCAGGACCUGCUGUCUGAGAUUGAGAGACUGAAGAAAGAGGUGGAAGAUCUGCGCUUUGGGAAGGGUGUGAAACAUCAGGACUCCCAGAACUCAUUUCUUGCAUUCUUGAAUGCCCCCACAUCUGCCUUGGAUCAGUUUGAUCGUUCCCCUUCCUGUGUCGCACCUAGCAAAGGCAGACGUAUUGAUUCUAUGGACAACUUCACUCCUUCCCGGGAAGAUGAGGCCAAAUCCCGCCUGAUGUCCCGAUCACGGUCGCCAUCCACAGCCAGUGACAUGGAGCCACCGGAGAUAAUAGACCACCAUCAACGGUCUGUUCUGACCCCCACCGUGAAACUAGGCUUCAGUGGGUCUAGUCUAACAGCCAAGCCCAAAGCCCACCAGUUUGUCGUGAAGUCCUUCAACACUCCCACCAAGUGCAACCAGUGCACCUCCCUCAUGGUGGGACUCAUUCGCCAGGGCUGCACCUGUGAAGUCUGCAACUUCUCAUGUCAUGUGACGUGUGCAGACAAGGCGCCAGCUGUAUGCCCAAUCCCACCAGACCAGACCAAAGGUCCACUGGGCAUCGACCCCCAGAAGGGCAUCGGCACAGCCUAUGAAGGCCACGUUCGAGUGCCCAAGCCAGCAGGGGUGAAGAAAGGCUGGCAGCGGGCUCUUGCCGUUGUGUGUGACUUCAAGCUGUUUCUGUAUGACCUGGCUGAAGGCAAGGCAUCCACCCCCAGCGUUGUGAUCAGCCAGGUCAUUGACAUGAGGGACGAGGACUUCUCUGUCAGCUCAGUCUUGGCCUCCGAUGUUAUUCAUGCCAACCGGAAGGACAUCCCCUGCAUUUUCAGGGUGACAGCCUCUCAGCUGUCUGCCUCCAGCAGUCACAAGUGCUCCAUCCUAAUUCUGGCCGACAGCGAGCAGGAACGUAGCAAGUGGGUGGGGCUGCUGAACGAGAUGCACCGUCUGCUGAGGAAGAGCAAGUUGAAGGACCGCUUUGUCUAUGUGCCCAAAGAGGCCUAUGACAGCACGCUGCCUCUCAUCAAGAGUGCGCAGUCUGCUGCCAUCAUAGAUCAUGAGCGUGUUGCUCUUGGCAACGAAGAGGGUCUGUAUGUCAUCCAUGUCACCAAAGAUGAAAUUGUCCGGGUGGGCGACAAUAAGAAGGUGCACCACAUUGAACUGAUGCCUUCAGAGCAGCUGCUGGCAGUCAUCUCUGGCCGCAACCGUCACGUUCGUCUGUUCCCCAUGUUGGCACUAGAUGGUCGUGAGACGGACUCUUACAAACUGGCAGAGACCAAAGGCUGCCAGACAUUGGUGUCAGGCCGACCACGGCCCGGUGGACCCACUUGCCUUUGCGUGGCCAUGAAACGGCAGGUGAUUUGCUACGAGAUUAACAAAAGCAAGACACAUCACCGUAAGUUACGGGACUUCCAGGUGCCAGGUCCUGUACAGUGGAUGGCUCUCCUAGGCGACCGGCUGUGCGUAGGCUACCAGGCUGGUUUUGCCCGCUACAGCCCGCAUUCGGAUGCAGUGCCUGUCAGCCUGCUCCACCCCGAGGACCCCACCCUGUCCUUCAUUAGCCAGCAGGGCCUGGAUGCCAUCUGUGCUGUGGAGAUCUCUUCCAAGGAGUUCCUGCUGUGCUUCAGCUGCGUGGGUGUGUACGUAGACUGCCAGGGCAGGAGGUCGCGUCAGCAGGAGCUCAUGUGGCCAGCCGUGCCCACCGCCUGCUGCUACAACGCCCCCUACCUGUCAGUGUACAGUGAGAAUGCUGUGGAUGUGUUUGACGUCAACACCAUGGAGUGGAUCCAGACCAUUCCUUUGAAGAAGGUGCGGCCUCUCAACACAGACGGCUCCCUCAACCUGCUCGGCCUGGAGACAGUUCGGCUCAUUUAUUUCAAGAACAAGAUGGCAGAAGGAGACGAGCUUGUAGUUCCUGAGACAUCGGACAACAGCCGGAAGCAGAUGGUGCGCAGCAUCAACAAUAAGAGACGCUUUUCCUUCCGUGUACCUGAGGAAGAGAGGAUGCAGCAAAGGAGAGAGAUGCUGAAGGACCCAGAAAUGAGGAACAAGCUCAUCUCCAACCCCACCAACUUUAACCAUGUUGUUCACAUGGGCCCAGGUGACGGCAUCCAGAUUCUCAAAGACCUUCCCAUGCCUGGUUCACCCCUGCCCUCGUGCCCCUCCCCACACACACGCCUCAUCUCCACUCCCACCAGCUUUGAGCAUGUCUAUCAUAUGACUGCCCACUCGGCUGAAAACUUUCUUUCCCAAGACUGCGCCCCACUUUCCACCUACACCCCAUCACUGCGCUCUUUCCCCGGGACACCUGUCUCCAUCUGCUCUCGGAGUGUCCGUCCCCAGGAGAGUCGCGCUGUCUUCAGUGGCUCUGUGAGCAUCCCCUCCAUCGCCAAGUCCCGGGGCGAGCCGGGCCGCUCCAUGAGUGCCAGCAGUGGUCUGGGCACACGGUCCACAGCACAGAACGGCAGUGCCCUGAGGAGGGAGUUCUCUGGUGGGAGCUAUGGCUCCAAGCGCCAGGCCAUGACCUCUCCCUCUGAGGGAUCCUUGUCCUCGGGUGGGGGGACGGAUGGUACCACAGAUGCUCCCAUUUCACAGUUCGACAGAGAGUGGCAGGCUUCAGAGAAGACCCCUGAUCUCAAAAGGGCAUUAAGGACCCUGCUUAGUAAGAUGAAGGACUCAGACUCCCCCCGCCACUCCACAGCAUCCAACAGCUCGAACCUGAGCAGCCCCCCAAGCCCAGCUUCCCCACACAAGACCAAGUCUCUGUCCCUGGAGAGCACAGACCGCAUGGGCUGGGAGACAUGAGACCCAGGACUCCGCCUCCUACUGCAGCCCUUGAACCUCUGAGCAAAA